CCCUCCCCGCGGCGGGCGGCCUGGGCGGGGCUGCGGGCCGGCGAAGCCACGAGCCCCGCGGCGCGACCGGGACUGCGGAGCCGGCCGGGCGCGGCUCGGAGGAGGCGGGCGCCAUGGCGGGCUGCUGCGCGGUGCUGGCGGCCUUCCUGUUCGAGUACGACACGCCGCGCAUCGUGCUCAUCCGCAGCCGUAAAGUGGGGCUCAUGAACCGCGCGGUGCAGCUGCUCAUCCUGGCCUACGUCAUCGGGUGGGUGUUUGUGUGGGAAAAAGGCUACCAGGAAAUGGACUCUGUGGUCAGCUCCGUUACCACCAAAGCCAAGGGCGUGACUCUGACGAACACCUCUCAGCUUGGAUACCGGAUCUGGGAUGUCGCUGACUAUGUGAUUCCAGCUCAGGAGGAAAACUCCAUCUUCAUCAUGACCAACUUGAUUGUCACCAUGAACCAGACCCAGGGCCUGUGUCCUGAGUUUCCAGAUAAGAGAAGUAUAUGUGAAUCAGAUGCCAAUUGCACCACUGGCUCUUCAGGCACCUACAGUAGCGGUACGAGAGUCUCGACAGGACGAUGUGUACCAUUCAACAAGACCAUGAAGACAUGUGAGGUGGCAGCCUGGUGCCCGGUGGAGAAUGACGAAGAGGUACCAAAACCUGCUUUCUUAAAGGCUGCGGAAAAUUUCACUCUUUUGGUGAAGAACAACAUCUGGUACCCCAAGUUUAAUUUCAGCAAAAGAAACAUACUUCCCAACAUCACUACCACAUACCUCAAAUCAUGCACCUAUGAUGCUAUAACAGAUCCCUUCUGCCCCAUAUUCCGUCUUGGCAAAAUCGUGGAGUAUGCAGGCCACAGCUUCCAGGAUAUGGCCGUGGAGGGAGGCAUUAUGGGCAUCCAGAUCAACUGGGCCUGCAACCUGGACAGAGCAGCCUCCCUCUGCCUGCCCAAAUACUCUUUCCGCCGCCUUGACACCCGGGACAUCGACCACAAUGUGUCCCCUGGCUACAAUUUCAGGUUUGCCAAGUACUACAGUGACCCAUCGGGAGCUGAGCACCGCACACUCAUCAAGGCCUACGGCAUCCGCUUCGACAUCAUCGUGUUCGGAAAGGCUGGGAAGUUUGACAUCAUCCCCACCAUGAUCAACAUUGGCUCAGGCUUGGCACUCCUAGGGGUGGCCACAGUGCUGUGUGAUGUCAUUGUCCUCUACUGCAUGAAGAAAAAAUACUACUAUCGGGAGAAGAAAUAUAAGUAUGUGGAAGAUUAUGAGCAGGGCCUUGCCGGUGAGAUGGACCAGUAACAUCUACCCAACUUGUGGGCUCCCCAAUGCCCUCAUCAAAUUUCUUCUCAUCAGUGAGGAAGGAGGAGCAAAGGAAUGCAUGUCGCUACCCCCAGAGAGGGUCAACAUUCUGACUCAGUCUUCACAAGUACUUCGGAGUAACCCAGACACUCUCGGGUUUUUACAUACAAAGUGUUCACAGUCAAGUCAGUCACCUCUGUUGUCCCUGCAACCGGGGGGUGAUAGAGGUGAGCUCAGAUGCCAGCACCAACGUGGUAACACUGCUGUGGCUGCAGGACCAGGCCUCCUCCACAACCCCCCCAAAAAACUACCAUCUCCAACUCCCCUCCAAACAUUCUCCCAGGCCCAGCAGCUCUGUUCAAGCACUUUAUAAGCAAGGAAGGACACCUGGGUGUGAUCACUAAGCCUUCAGCAGGCCUGGGGUGCUGUUCCUCUCCCUGCAGUCCUGCAUGUUCAUCCAUGCAGUCCUGAGGAGUUAGUGCUGCUCCUUGGAAAAGAGCUAUUUGAGGUGAUUGAGAACCAAACAUUAAAAAAAACGAUUUUCAUCA